GCCGCGCCGGGCCCGGUGUCACUGUCGCGAUCCCGCUGUCGCCGCCACUGUCGCGAUCGCGGCGCCGUUGUCGCCGUCCCCGUCCCGGUGUCGCCGUCGCGGUCCCGGUGAGUUCCCCGCGGUCACGUCGGGGAUCCCAUCGGGGCCGCCGUGUCGCGACAGUCGCGACGGGCGGGGUGAGCGGCGGUGCCGGGCGGUUCGGGAGCGCCGGGAGGAGCCGCGGGAGCGGCACCGGGGACGGCGCGUCCCGGUUCUCCUGCCCGGGGUCUUCCCGGUUUUACCCCGCUCCCAUCCCGCUCUCAUCCCUGUUUUACCCCCGCUCCCGUCCCGGGAGCUCUUCCCGCUCCGAUCUCGGCGCUUUCCCGGUUUUUCUCCUCUCCGCUCCCGGUUUCUGCCCGGUUCCCCCUCAGUCCGCUCCCGCUCCCAUCCCGGGCUCUUCCCGGUCCUUUCCCGCGCUCCCAUCCCGGUUUUUUGCCCGGUUUUUCCUCACUCCCAUCCCGGUGCUUUCCCUGUCCCUCCCCGUUCCCGAUUUUCUCUCGCUCCGUUCCCGGUCUCCUCCCGGCUCUCCUUCCCGCUCCUCUCCCGGCGCUUUCCCGGUUCCUCCCCGCUGCGCUCUCCGUUCCUUCCCGGUUUUCCCCCACUCCCAUCCCAUUUUCCCCCGGUUUUCCCUGGUUUUUCCCGACGUUUCCUCUCCUCUGCAGCCACCGGGAUGAAGCCGGAGGAGGCUCCGUCCUGCCGGGAGCAGGGAACGCCGCUCCCUGGAGCCGGCUCCCCGCCCGCCGCGCUCCCGGUGCUGUGCGCGGGCUGCGGCCGCGGCAUCUGGGACCGGUUCCUGCUGCGGGUGAACGAGCGCUCGUGGCACGAGCGGUGCCUGCGCUGCUCCGAGUGCGGCCGCGCCCUGCGGGGCCGCUGCUUCAGCCGCGAGCGCCGCCUGCUCUGCCCGCCCGACUACGAGCGUCUGUCCCGCUCCCCAAACUCUCCAUUUCCCCGGAUUUCCCCCCAAUCUCUCCGUUCCCCAGGCUCCCCGCCCGCCGCGCUCCCGGUGCUGUGCGCGGGCUGCGGCCGCGGCAUCUGGGACCGGUUCCUGCUGCGGGUGAACGAGCGCUCGUGGCACGAGCGGUGCCUGCGCUGCUCCGAGUGCGGCCGCGCCCUGCGGGGCCGCUGCUUCAGCCGCGAGCGCCGCCUGCUCUGCCCGCCCGACUACGAGCGGCUGUUCCCGCGGCGCUGCGGCCGCUGCCUGGGCGCGCUGGGGCGCUCGGAGCGCGUCCUGCGGGUCCCGGGCCGCGUUUUCCACGAGCGCUGCCUCCGCUGCGGCUCCUGCGGCCGCCGCCUCCGCAGCGGCGACGAGUUCGUGCUGCGGGACGGGCGCAUCCUGUGCCGCGGGCACGCCGAGCCCGAGCCCGGGCCCGGGGCCACCAGCCCCGCCGCCGAGGAUGGAGCUCGGAGCGAGGACGAGGAGGGCCGGGAUUCCCGGUGCUCCCGGAAUGCCGGCGGGAAGGAUCCCAAACGUUCCAAGCGGCCCCGAACCAUCCUGAGCUCCCAACAGCGCCGGGCGUUCAAAGCCUCCUUCGAGGUCUCCUCCAAACCCUGCCGGAAGGUGCGGGAGACGCUGGCGGCCGAGACGGGGCUGACGGUCCGGGUGGUCCAGGUGUGGUUCCAGAACCAACGAGCCAAGAUGAAGAAGAUUGCCCGCAGGCAGCAGCAGCAGGAGCAGCUCGGGAAUUCCAGAGGGGCAAUUCCAGGCGGGAGAGGACCCGGGAGAGCGGCCGGGAUGGGAAUGAGGAUGAGGAGGGUCAGGAAUGACGGGAAUGGGGUGGGAAAACGGGAAUGGGGUGGGAAAAUGGGGAUGGAGUGGGAAAACAGGAAUGGGAGUGGGAAAAUGGGAAUGGGGUGGAUCAGGGAUGGAGGGAUCAGGAAUUGGGAAGUCACAACAUCCCCAUCCCACAUCCCGAUAUCCCAUAUCCUGAUAUCUCACAUCCUGAUAUUCCACAUCCCGCCAUUCCCGACGUUCCCAGGCCUGCAUCAGAUCCUGGUCCCAUUUUCCCGGAUUCCGCCGCCGCCCCUGGAGCCCAACGGAUUCAGGAGCGAGGCCGGAACAUUCCGGGGAACCCCCCCGGAGCUCCGGCCCUAUGACUCUGAGGGAGUUUUCCAGGAGCUGGACGGGGACACCCUGGGAUCCUUGGGAGCGGCCUUGAUCUCCACAGAGAAUUCCCAGCAGCUGAUCCUCGGGAAUGCUGGAAUUCCUGAAAUCCCCGAGCCCAGGGAUGCCCUGGAGCGCCUGUACCCCGGGAAUGCCAGAAUUCCCAAAAUGCCCGAGCCCGGGAAUCCCAUGGAGCGCCUCUACUCCAUGCAGAGCUCCUACUUCACCUCCUGACAGCCCGGAAUUCCCGAAAAUCCCAGUCCUGGGAAUCCCAAAAAAACUGGGAUCAAUCCCCCCCCUGCCCAGGAUUCUGCUGGAAUUUGGGAUUUUCCCACUGCUCCCCUGCCAAUUUUGAGAAAUUUUGGGGGGGGGGGGAAUUUUUGGGAAUGCUUCUUUUUUUUUUUUUUUUUUUGCAUGUCUGGUGGGAAAUAAAUCCCAGGAAAAAAAAAGAAAAAAAAAAGACAGAAAAGUUUUGGGAAUUUGGGGUGGGAUUGGAAUUCCCAGAAUUUUGGGGCUCCCAAGGGUU